AUGUCAAGGUCAACGACCUCUCUAAAACAAUGGCUGCAUCUACGGCAGACAUUAUCCACGCAAAUACCAUCAACAAUCAGCCCACCUGCGCGCAAUCUCGUCCUCUCCGCCGCCAAUGCCUCUGCCUCCCAUUCAACGACGAGCAGUAGUGACACCGUCACGUCGAAACGCUCCUUUCACAGCACCCGAGAUCGACAGGCUGCUGCUCCGAGAGGUCGCAAAGCUCCGGGGACAAUGGCCAGACAGAGACAAGCAGAGCGGGAGGGAAUAAUGGAGCAGAGAAUUGGCGUAAAUGGACAGCUUUUCCUGAAGUCGAGCGUGCAAAACCGAACGAAGAAGAGUAUGGGCGAAUGUCUGGAAAUACAUGAAAAGGUCGCGGGGACGGUCUACGAUGCUGCUAUCGCGGACGGUCAGCUGCCGCGAGAAAUCAGCUUUAAGACAUAUAACGAUAUUGGAGUGAAAUUGAUUACGGCUGCUUUUGAGAAUGUUGUCUCUGCGGCUGCUGUGAGGGCUAUAUCAGUUGGUGCAGCCAAAGCACGCCUCCCACUAGUCAUCGUGGUUAACCGAGCCAUCUCAGGAGAGAACAACGUUGUACCAGCCCGCACACAGUGGACGGACGAUAUCGAAGAGCUAGCACGAACCGACUACCCACCUGCAAUUCUUCUACACGCACAAAUCCAAGGUCGUCGCGGCAAGUACGAAUCUGCCUUCGGACAAUUCGAGAACAGGAUCUUUCCCCGCGUCUCGCCGACACGCAAGCGACCGAACAUGUUCUCCAGCAUUCAAAUAGGAGACAAACUCGACUCGCCUUACCGAACAUAUGCACUGCUCCGCGCCGCGCAUGACCAGCAAUUCGGUUCAGCGGAAAGUCGACAGAAAGCAGACGAGGCGAUUCGAAUUGCGGCCAUGGAAUUCAAUGACCCCGAAGCUUUGACGGAGUAUGCGUCCGUUAUGAUGAAUGAGGGUAACUUGGACAUGUAUGAGGAAUGCAUGUGCAAAGCCGCAACAGCCGGCCAUGGCAAAGCUUCAUUCUACCUCGGGAAUUUCUAUUACUUGACUUUCCUCGGUAAAUACAAGACUCGCGGAGAGAGGGAGUCUAAUCAGAAUAGGUGGCCGCCGGCUUGGAUGGCGCGGCUGACGGGCCUGAAUGACCCUGCCAGGUCAUCUUCGUACGUGAACAAGUCGAUGAAAUAUAUUGCCUCGUUUUUGAACCGGUCUAUGCCGCAGAAGGCGUAUCACCAGCUCGCUUCGGACUGGUAUUAUGUUGCUUUCGCUCAGGGUCAUAAAUCUGCUCCUUUUAUGGUGGCGCUUCUUAAGCGUGAAGUCGCUGAGUCGGAGGCGGAGUUGGAGGAUGCGGGUAUGUUCUUUGAAUUGGCUAGGAUGGCUGAGGAUGAGGAUUUGAAGAAGCCUUUUGCCGAGUUGGAGAAGAACUGGUUUAAUCGGGAUUUUGAACCUACUUUGCCGAAGAAGUUUAUGGCUGUACGAUAG